AUGCCUUCUUCGAAUCUCCUCUCACAUACCUUGGCUCGACGAGCAGGCGAGACAGAAUCAUCUUCACUCUUGCCACUCUGGAUCAUCCUUGGUGUAGGUGUAGCUCUUGCUAUUGGUUGGUUUGCACUCUCUUCGUGUCUCGGUGACAACGCUCGGGAAGCAUUAGGGGAGCGUAUUCGAGGCAUCUUCUCAAAAAGUGAUCGCAGUAGCGGAAACAACCCUUAUAGCGGAGGUGCUGGUGGCAGUCGCAGCGCAUAUGGAAGAAUGCGAGAUGAUGAAGCUGAAGCGUUCGACGCCAAUGCUGCAGAACACGAUCUAUACGAUGACAUUGACCUGCCCAACCAGCCACAUAAUCAGCACUCGGCCUAUCCUCCAACAAGUGGCGCAGACACUGGCGUAUCCAAGUAUAAUGACGUCGAGGACGAUAUCUACGUUCGACGUCCAUGA